GAAGAAUCACAUAUUAGUGCAUUCAGGUCUCAAACCUCCAUCAGUGUCCAGAGUGUGGAAAGAGAUUUAGUCAGCUUGGAAAUAUGAAGAGACACAGGAUGUUGCAUAUGGAUGAAAAACCUCAUGAGUGUCCAGAGUGUGGGAAGAGAUUUAGACAUAUUGGAGAUAUGAAGAAACACAGGAUAGUGCAUACAGAUGAAAAACUUUUUGAAUGUGCUGAGUGUGGGAAAAAAUUUAGAAGACGUGGAGAUAUAAUAAAACACAUGCUAGUGCAUUCAAGUCAUAAAACUCAUGAGUGUCCAGAGUGUGGGAAGAGAUUCCGUCAUCUUAGUAGUGUGAAGAAGCACAUAUUAGUGCAUUCAGGUCUCAAACCUCAUCAGUGUCCAGAGUGUGGAAAGAGAUUUAGUCAGCUUGGAAAUAUGAAGAGACACAGGAUGGUGCAUAUGGAUGAAAAAAACCUUUUUAAUGUUCUGAGUGUGGCAAAAAAUUUGAAGAAGUAGAGAUAUAAUACAUCACAUGUUAGUGCAUUCAGGUCACGAACCUCAUGAGUGGUCCAGAGUGUGGGGAAGGUAUUCAGUCGGCUUCUUCUUCUUCUUGAGUUAUCUUGAGAUGAUUUUGGGGCUUUAGUGUCCUCGUGGCCCGGUCCUCAACAAGGCCUCCACCCCCAGGAAGCAGCCCGUGACAGCUGACUAACACCCAGGUACCUA